AUGGCAUUCAAAUUCUUAGCUUUCUGCGCCCUUAUCGCAGCCGCUCGUGCUGGAGUCAUCCAACAAGCUUAUGCAGCCCCAGCUGUUUACGCACACGCCCAGCCCGCCCUUGUUGCUCAACCAGCUUUAGUUAAAUCGUAUGCUGCUCCAUUGGCCGUCGCUGCUCCCGUUGCCAAACUUGCUGUCGAUGAAUACGAUCCACACCCACAAUACACCUUCUCGUAUGGCGUUAAGGACAGUUUGACCGGUGACGCCAAAUCCCAACACGAAACUCGCAACGGAGAUGUUGUCCAAGGAUCUUACUCACUCAUCGAAGCUGACGGAACCAAACGCGUUGUUGAUUACACUGCUGAUCCCAUCAACGGAUUCAACGCCGUUGUCCGCAAAGAAGGAAUCCCAAUUGUCCAAAAAGCCGUUGUCGCUGCCCCAGUUGUCCAAAAGACUUUGAUCGCUCAACCCGCACUCGUCAAGUCUUAUGCUCAACCAGCUCUUGUUGCCCAUGCUGCCCCAGCGGUUUAUGCCCAUCAACCAGCUGUCUAUGCUCACGCUCAACCAGCUCUCCUUAAAUCGUACGCCGCUGCCCCAGCGUUGGCUUACCAUCAUUAA